GCGCUGGGGCGUCGGCGGCGCGGGGGCCCGGCCGCUGUCGGGCAGGGGCGGGGUCCCCUGGGGCCGCCGUCGUGACAGCUGGUCUUAGUUCCCCGCCACGUCGUUUUUCUGGGCCCCCGGGAGUCCCCGGCUUACCUCGACUGGGAAACCGCCGCCUCUCAGGGGCUCGCGCCCCCCUCUCAGAACGGCCGGGACGGGCGGCGGCGACCCUCUCCCUGGCGCCGGUGCCGCUGUUCGCGACCAUCAAGGGUGGGGCGCGGCCGCGGUCCUCCGACCCGCCCCUGUGCUGGGAAAGUUGAUCCUGGGAUGCGCGGUUUCGGGGCGCCCAGAGGCUGACCCGCUGUCUGCCCUGAGCUGUUGUGCCCUGUGUCUUACAGAUCCUCCGGGUGCACCUUACAGUUGAGUGGGUUUGAGGUCGGCGUCGUUGCCGCCUCUGAAAUAGUAGCCUCACAAAUGAAAGGAUUAAGCAUUUUUUUUUUCUUGAAAUUUCCAAAAGGAAAAAAACUGGAGUUGUUUUCUGGUGCGCUCUCCUUUAAAGUAAAGACGUGAGUUGGCAGUUCCAUAUGCCCCGUUUGGAACAGAAAGCCUUCUCCUGUUUAGCUUUUUGAACCCUCGGUGUGUGUCUCCUACACCUAAACCAGCCGGAUCGGGGUGGGAUGCUCCGGAGCGAGAGCACAGCAGGUACUCGGGAAGGCCCCUCCCCGGCAGGCAGGCAGCUGCGGGGCAGCGCUGAAUUAUUAACGAGGACUUGUGACGCUGACUCGCUGAUGGCUACUACUUUUAGUGUGGAGAUUGAACUACUUUGCUGAGCAUCUAUUUGACAAUUUUACCUUUGCUCCUGAAACUUUUUUUAAGGCAUAUGUGUACGUGUGGAUGUUUGAAAAAUGGAGCAAGAGCUACAAAAUGGAGAAGCUGCUGAAAUUAAGAUCAUCAGAGAGGCAUACCAGAAGGCCUUUUUAUUUGUUAAUAAAGGAUUGAAUACAGAUGAAUUGGGUCAGAAGGAAGAAGCAAAAAACUACUAUAAGCAAGGAAUAGGACACCUGCUCAGAGGAAUUAGCAUUUCCACCUCAGAGCCCGAGCACAUGGGGCCUGGGUGGGAGUCUGCGCGACAGAUGCAACAGAAAAUGAAGGAAACACUACAGAACGUGCGCUCCAGGCUGGAGAUUCUAGAGAAGGGUCUUGCCACUUCUCUACUGAAUGAUCUUCAGGAGGUGCCCAAGUUAUAUCCAGAAUUUCCCCCUAAAGAAAUGUCAGAAAAGCCCCUGGAACCUCAGUCUGUUAGUUCACCACCUCAGCACCCUGAAGUAAACAGAAGCACUUCAGAUACGGGUUCAGAGUCAAUUCCCGGACCCAGGCCUCUGUCCCCACCAUCUCAGAGCCGCCCAGCAGAAGCACCCCCUGCCUACACGCCCCAGGCUGCCGAGGGUCACUAUACUGUAUCCUACGGGACAGAUUCAGGCGAAUAUUCCUCAUUGGGAGAAGACUUUUACAGGAAUCAUUCCCAGCCACCUCCUCUUGAGACCCUGGGGCUGGAUGCCGAUGAGUUGAUUUUGAUACCAAAUGGAGUACAGAUUUUUUUUGUAAACCCUGCAGGGGAGGUUAGCGCACCCUCAUAUCCUGGCUACCUUCGAAUUGUGAGGUUCUUGGAUAAUUCUCUUGAUACGGUUCUAAACCGUCCUCCUGGAUUUCUUCAGGUUUGUGACUGGUUAUAUCCUUUAGUUCCUGAUAGGUCUCCAGUCCUGAAGUGUACUGCGGGAGCCUACAUGUUUCCUGAUACGAUGUUACAAGCAUCGGGAUGCUUUGUGGGGGUCGUCUUGUCAUCUGACUUACCAGAAGAUGAUAGAGAGCUCUUUGAGGAUCUUUUAAGACAAAUGUCUGACCUUCGGCUCCAGGCCAACUGGAAUAGGGCAGAAGGAGAAAGUGAAUUCCAAAUCCCUGGAAGAGCAAGAUGCUCCUCUGACCAGUUGCAGGAAGCCUCUGGCACUGCUGUGAGACAGUUGGGUCCUUCAUUGGACCAAGGCAGUAAGGAUGUGCGUCAUAAAGAAAAACGUGGGAAAAAGGCUAAAGAUACUUCAAGUGAAGAAGUUAAUCUUAGUCACAUUGUACCCUGUGAACCAGUAUCAGAAGAAAAAGCAAAGGAAUUACCUGAAUGGAGUGAGAAAGUGGCUCAAAACAUUUUGUCAGGUGCCUCCUGGGUGAGCUGGGGUUUAGUUAAAGGUGCUGAAUUUACUGGCAAAGCAAUCCAAAAAGGUGCUUCUAAACUCCGAGAACGGAUUCAACCAGAAGAGAAACCAGUGGAGGUCAGUCCAGCUGUGACCAGGGGACUUCACCUAGCAAAGCAGGCCACGGGAGGAGCAGCGAAAGUCAGUCAGUUCCUGGUUGACGGAGUUUGCACCGUAGCAAGUUGUGUUGGGAAAGAGCUGGCUCCGCACGUCAAGAAGCACGGAAGUAAGCUUGUGCCAGAGGCUCUGAAGAGAGACAGGGACGGGAAGUCGCCCCUGGACGGUGCAAUGGUCGUUGCAGCCAGCAGUAUACAAGGGUUUUCAACUGUCUGGCAGGGAUUGGAAUGCGCAGCCAGAUGCAUCGUUAACAAUGUUUCCACAGAAACUGUUCAAACAGUGAGAUACAAAUAUGGACAUAAUGUGGGAGAAGCUACACAUGAUGCAGUGGAUUCUGCCAUCAAUGUCGGCGUGACAGCCUAUAAUAUCGACCACAUUGGUGUCAAAGCAGUGGUGAAGAAGACUGCAAAACAAACGGGACAUGCACUCCUUGAGGACUAUAAAAUCGUUGACAGUUCUCAGGGGGAAAAUCAAGAGAAAGGGGCUAAUGUGCACACAGCUGAGGAAAAGGAUGAGCCAGGAAAGGAUGAGCAGAAGGGGGAACCAGAAAAGAGUGAGGGAAAGAAGAAAAAGCCCUGAAGGGACCGCAGCGAGGCCCCUGCCUUUUGUAUGGGCGUGCAGCUUUACUACAUUGGCAAAGGUGGAAUAUUCCCCACAGAUCAGCCAGGAUUUUUGAAAUGUUUUCAUUCCUGCAAAGCAACUGCUUCUUGAAUCUUGGGGCAUGGAUUCUACUUACAAGGAAGAGAAUGUAUGUUCUUGUAUCAUGCCUUUAGAAAGCUAUAGUUGUAUUCUAAGUAUUUUUUUCUAAAGUGUGGCUAAAAUAUUUUUGCAGUUAAAAUAAUACUAAUAUGUGCUAUAAACCUCAUUAAACCUAAUGUUAAACUAUUUUUGUAUCCACUAUCUUUCAGAAAGCAAAGUAGGAAAUUAUAUAUUUACAUAAAAUUUGGCAUUUAGUAACCUUAGUUCUAUUUGUCAUGCCUUAGGAGGAAUGACUUAAAACAUUGUUUCCUCUUUUUGCACUAACUGUUGAUUUUGUUACUACGUGCUUCCUUCUCCAAAUUUUCAGUGUAUAAGCUAAAAAAAACUGUGAUCAUACACUAAUGAAAUUCUCAGAUAACAUUUUAAUAGACUUUGUCAAAAGAGGAAAUAGACUGAUCAUGAAAAAUAAGAUGAGGUUCUGUAAAAUUAUUUGCUAGCUUACCUCUUUGUCAGGAAAAACGGGAUGGUCUUUUCUAUUUAAAAUGAAUUCAAAUGGAUUUUUAAGACUUUUGCAUAUGAACUGGUAUCUAUUAGGAGUCUAGGGAAUUGGGGGAUAUGAUUGGUAUUGUGUAAAACUUCAAAGUGGUUAUUAUUAGCUUAUUUGGGCAAAAAAGUGCUUUAUCAUAUCUACUUCUGAGGGCUUUUCCAAAAGACCUAAAACUUUAUAAAGACUAAAAUAUAAGCAAAUUAAAUUCUCUGAUGGUAAAUUUAUUUUUAUUUUGGGAUUUGGUCAUUGGAAUUUUACAUAUUAAAAAAGCCAAGUUAUUAGAAAAGAAAGCUGCUAAUCAUAGUCAAGGCAGAGAUAUAAAGGAUCUUAGUCCUGAUCCAUGGGUGGGCAUUAUAGUUUCCACUCCAGCAGAAGACAGGAUAUUCACAAACCUGUAUGCUACAAAGAGGUAACUAAAUACCUAAUGGCAUUUUUGUUUGGUUUGCUGAUUUUAAAAGAUGGGUAUUUUCCACAGCUAUAUUUCAUUUUAAUCAUUUCUGAGCCUCUGGUGAUUAGUUUAUUAGACUUUAUUUGAAACUUAUCUAAAGAAUGCACUUUGUGAAUAAAAACUGUCUCUGAAUUACUUGUCCUUAAAUGUAUUCACAGGCUUACAUUUUGGGAAGAUACAGAAUUGGUGGAGCCUUUUCCUAAGGCCAAGGAGAAUGUGCUGGUUGUUAAAGUGGAAAUAAAACUGAAUUGAUAAAUAGCUUCCAGUUAGUCUCUACCUUAUUCAGGUUUAAGAAGUGAAACAACAAAGAGUGAAGCCUGAAGUUUAAAAAGUUACCUUAGCCCAGGUGUCAGCAAACUAUGCCCCAUAGGCCAAAUCCAGCCGGCUGCCUGGUUUUACAAAUAAAGUUUUAUUGGAGCACAGCCACACCAUUCAUUGGUAUAUUAUAGUCGAGAACAAGAACAGAGUUGAGUAGUUGCAGCUGACUACGUGGCUCACAAGCUGACAAUAGUGACUGUCCAGCCUUGUACAGGAUGUUUGCUGACUUCUGCCUGAGACUAAAGAAAAUAAGGUAGGCCUCUUCUAAAGAGCUUUUUUAAUUUUAGAUAAUUCUUGAUACAUAGGAAAAUUGCAUAUAACAUGCAAGGUAUGAAACAUAGUAAAUUAACACCCAUAAACCCAUCACAACUAAAGACCUAGAAGGUUACCAAUUACCCGUACGUGUGCGUUCCCAUCUUACCUCCUUGCCUCUCAAGCCCACCAUUGUUUUGUGUUUGUUGUCACUUUGCCUCUUUUUAAUGAAACAUGAUUUUAUCUCUAAA